AUGGGCCACACAGGUAUGGCAGCUGAAGAGCAACGUCAGAAGAUCAUCAGAGGAUGGCAAUCUCCAAAAGAACGGGCAACUCUUCUAUCUCCAAUACUCUCGAAGAAAGCUGAGGUACCGAACGGAUCAACUUCCGAACAGAGCUCAAAUACUUCGGAAAAGUCUGAGUUCAAAACUCAGAUCCAUAGAGAUAUCGAGAAAGAAUCUAUUCAUCCUCUACCUCUACAAGAGAAACUCGACUUACCCAAGGAAGGAUGA